ACCCUAGAAAGAUUCCGCUCCUCCUCCAGACCCAUCUCGGCAAACAAAAAAAAAAGAUCCAAGAUGGCCGGCGCCGGCGCCAGGUCGUUGCUCCGUUCUUCCUCUUCUCUUCUCCGCGCUGCUGCUCCGGCGAGAUCAUCUUCUUCCCUCGGGGCCGGGGCUUCGCGUCCUUCCAUCCGUCGCGCGUUGGGUGCGCCCCCUCGCCCCCUCCUUAGGUCGCCCGUCGAGGCAAGCUUCUGCCUGGAGUCGCUGCUGCCGCUGCACAGCGCCACGGCCGCCGCGCGGUUGAAGUCGAUGCUCGCGGUGCCUGGCCAACCAGUCGCCGGCUGGCUGACGCAAGGACAAGAUGAAACUGGAUGCUGAAAGAAUAAAACUUGGUUAAUUAAGCUUGCGUAUGACGGAGAAUGAUAGUACUGGCCUGCCCCCGAAUGGAGACUGCAAGUUCUUCUGCCAUCCCAUCCUGCUGGAUGACUUAACAAGAGAAGGACUUUGGUUUUUGAGCAUCUGAACUAUGUUGGCUCAGUGCAUAAUGUAGAUGUUGCUUUUACUUCAUCUUCCCCUCGCCGCUCCGACCAGUAUCCUGGUUAUCGCAGGAUGAACAUGUCGGUUAAAAUAUCUAGCAUAGAAACUAGCAACCAUUCUUUACUUACAGAAAAAUAAGAAAUAUGUGAUGCACUGGUGGUGAUCUGUAUGGUGCAGUGCACUAAAUACCAUUCUGAAUCAUUUUCAGUUGUCUAAUUUUUUUUAUAGCAGCUCA